AUACUGUUCGGAUGACGUUGAGAGUAACAGUCAGUUGACCGGCCGUAUGGUCGUGAACGAAGACCUACGGCAACUAUGCAUCCGUGAGCUCACUGCGGAGGCGCUUUCGGCGGGUAGAAUGCAUGGGGUGGUUAUUGUCGUGGAGCUGCAUGAUGCUUCUCGAUCAACGAGCUGUUGUGUAAGCCAAAGUUACGGACGUUUAUUCACAUAUGAGGCUCUUGGCUUCGCCCCUCCAGGACAGGGCUUGGCGAUGGUAGAAAAUAUGCGCUGGCGAGAAAACAGUGAAGGCGGGAAAUACUGUGAACAACACACGGUCAUUGGGUCAAGUGUUGUUAUCAAUCCUUCCGGAGGACUCGAAUCGAAAGGGCACCCGAUAGCAGCGACUGGAGUAGCGCAAUGUGUUGAACUCCAUCGACAGCUGACAAGGAGGGCUGGAAAAAGACAGGUCACCGGCGCUCGAGUUGGGCUUCAGCACAACUUUGGUUUCGGUGGAGCGGCGGUGGUAACACUAUAUAGAUCUGCCACCCCACAGCACAAACUGUAG